CCAUUAACAAAGCAACCACACCUCAGUUCCUCAUAUUAAAUUGCUUGGUUUUCAGUCUCCUCUGGUGCAAUUCUGCAUCCCAAGACUAUAAAAUAAGAAACCCAGGUCUUAUCUUUUUUCUUCUUCUUCCUCCGUCUUUUAUAUCAAAAGAUGUGUAGCUUGUUUUGGCAGAUGGAGAAUGAUCAAGGCGACCUCUCCGAUAUACUAAGAGCUAACAGUGGUGGUGGUGGCGGUGGCGGUGGCGCUCGGAGCGGCGGCGGAGGCGGUGGUGACGGCGGCGUUGGUGGUGGCCUUCUUGGUACUGGCGGUAUCAAUACCCCAACUACAUCAGGUUAUGGCUGGACUUUUCCGACCGACCCCGCUGUGAAUUUUCCAACGAGACCCGGCGAUCAGAUCGAUGAUUUUAGCAGUGUCGGCUGUGGCGCUGCUCAUGGUCAAUUGUUGCAGGAGUCGGAAAUGAUGAAUUCGAUGUUUUAUUCCGGUGAUAACCCUCUGCUGGUUCGGAAGGAUAAUGACAGUUACUCUGAUAAUCCUUUUGGUGAUAGCUUGAUGGGUCAGGAGAUGAAGCCUUGCCAGCUGCUAACAAGGAUGAUUCAAAUUGGUCCAAGGCCUAAAAUUCCGGCUCCUGCCCACAACGCUUCCGCACCUUCUUCUCUUUCUUCUCCAGGCAGCAAGCCUCUGAGUGAGGCUCUGAAGGUGAAUUCAAUAGGAGGGUCUACUGAAAAUGCUUCACUGCAUAUGAAUUCCCCACGAAAUCCUGGUAUUAAGAGAAGAAAGAGUCAGAUGAAAAAGGUGGUAUGCAUACCGGCACCUGCAGCAGCCAGCAACAGACCAAGUGGAGAAGUUGUCCCUUCAGAUCUAUGGGCAUGGAGAAAAUAUGGACAGAAACCCAUCAAAGGAUCUCCAUAUCCGAGAGGGUAUUAUAGAUGCAGUAGCUCCAAGGGUUGCUCAGCAAGAAAGCAGGUGGAGAGGAGCAGGAAUGAUCCCAACAUGUUAGUCAUCACCUACACCUCGGAGCACAACCAUCCAUGGCCUACUCAGAGAAAUGCCCUUGCUGGUUCAACACGAUCACAGACAAUGAAGGCAGCCUCAGCAUCAAAGGCCUUCACGCCUCCUCCAUCACGCACCCCAAACGCAGAAGACGCAGUGAAGGAGGAGUCGAUCCGAGAUAACGUUAACGAUACAGAAAAUGAAGGCUGUGUGAAAGAUGAGAUGGGUGAUGUUGACAAGUCCAUGGAGAUAGACGAUGGGGAGCUGAGUCAGGACUUCCAUGAGAGCUACAGGCCAACUCCACCGGAUUUAAGUCAGUCUGAUGAUUUCUUCUCUGAGCUGGGAGAGUUGGAGCCUGACCCUUUGAGCCUCAUCUUUCCUCAUGGCCUCGGCGACCAGAAACCAAAUCAUGAAGACUCUGAAGACAAAGAUUUAGAUCCCUUCAGCCUGUUCGAAUGGUCUGAGAGUUCAUUUUCAGGAGCCAGGAGGGGUUUAUAGGAAGACCUUAUUCACCAUCGUCACAUUUUUAAAGAGUUUUAUGGUGCAAACAUGAAGGUCUGGCGACAAACCCUCCCUUUAAUUAUUCGAAGUUGGGUUUUUUUUUUUCUAUCCUUUUCAUGUUUUCAUUUACAUUUACAAUUUCAAGUAAAAAGGAAAGAACAGGAAAAGAAAAGGGAGUUAUGGGAUUGGUUGA